AUGGGAGGGUUCAUAGGCCAUGCUGUGGCAGGAACAAUGUUUUUAACCAUCUCCGUGUGGUGGUUUAUUGGAGACGUCCUGCAAAUGAACCGCCGCAGCGGAACACUCCGAGCUAAAGAUAAGCAGAAGGGGAAAAGGCGAUCCAACCGAUUCCAACUCGUGUGGUAUCAAUGCCCGGGUCCGACGCUCUCCAAAAUUCCUCUGGAGCCAAUGAUAAAAGUGGUCUUAUCAGCAAUCGGAAUCUUGGUUGAAAUGCCUUUUAACAACUCAGCGAAAUUAUAUGACGAACAAGGCGAACUCAUAACCAAGAACUUACGUAAUCACGGACACGCACUUAUGUACGGUUUCUUUGGGUUGAGCGGUGUCGUAGAUCUCAUAAUGUGGUAUCGUUUUCUACCCCUUCCACCAAAAUUCGACUAUUUAGUGCUUUCACUUGCUUUCUGGGUGGAAGGAUUCCUGUUCUAUCUCCAUCUUCACGGAAGAGAUGAACUCAACGUGCAUGUCCAUUGUAUUCUUUACAUUCUCGUUUUUGUUACUGCCCUCGUUUUCUUCUUAGCUGUUGUUUCCGAUCGGUUUGCCCCCUUUGUGAGUUUUUCUAGGUCUUAUUUACUAAGCUUACAGGGAAGUUGGUUUUUCCAGAUUGCUUCAAUUCUUCAUGGCAGCAGACCUUGGGAAAACACAUCCGGAAAUACGGAGCUCUCUGGAAUCGUAUUUUCCUGCCACGCUCUGGUUCUAUUUAUUGUUCAUCUAUCCGGUCGCAUUAUAUGUUUCCGUUUUUUGGCCAAACAGGACCAACUUAACGAACUCCUUUUGGGUAACUAUUCGGAAGAAGAAGAGGAAUACAGUCAAGGCCAAGAUCAGGCAGAAUCGGGAUACUGA